AUGGUGUCCGCUAUCGAAAAGUCUGGUGCUAAUGUGCCAGAUGGUGGUGCAGAAGGCAAGCGGCUCAGUGUAGAGGAGAAAGGCGACGUCGUUGAGCUUGCAUCGUCCUAUACCGAGGAAGAAGAAAGGAGAGUACUCCGCAAGAUUGAUUACACUAUUCUUCCUAUGAUGUGCUUCAUCUUCUUUCUACAAUACUUGGACAAGCAGACCUUGAGCUAUGCAUCUGUUUUCGGUCUCAUCACAGAUCUUGGCAUGUCUAGUACCCAAUAUUCGUGGUGUACUUCGAUCUUUUACAUUGGCCAGCUAGUCGCCGAGUAUCCCUUCAUCUACCUGAUGUCUAAACUACACCUCACCAAAUUCGUUGGUGUAACAGUUGUUAUAUGGGGCAUUAUUUGCAUGUGCUUGGCAGCGCCGCAUAGCUUUGCUGGUUUUGCAGCAGUCCGUUUCUUGCUCGGUUUUGCGGAAGGUGCUGUGUCUCCAUCAUUUGUAACGAUAACUGCAAUCUGGUAUCAGAAAGACGAGCAUGCCGUCCGGACAGCACUCUGGGUAACAAUGAAUGGAAUUGCACAAGUGAUCGGAUGUCUCCUGAUGUAUGGUAUUGGUAAGAAUAACACGCUAUCUUUGGCACCUUGGCGGACAAUCUUCAUUGUUUGUGGCGCUAUCACAACCGCUGCAGGCGGUGCCUUUUAUCUCAUGAUGCCGAAUGGCCCUAAAGACGCCUGGUUCCUAAACGCUAGAGAGAAGGAGGUCCUGUCAGCACGAAUGGCGAAGGACCGUGAAGGAGGGGACAAGACUUCAUUUUCUGUGCGACAACUUAGAGAGGCUCUCCUAGAUGGAAAGUCAUGGUUCGUUCUUGGCUUCGGAGUUUUAGUAACAAUGCAGUCACCAGUACUUACGUUUGCUUCUCUUGUCAUCAACACGAUUGGAUACGACAAGUACCAAACGAUGCUGUAUACAGCGCCGUCAGGGGCAGUUCAGGUUUUGCUUCUUUGGAUUGGGGUAGCAGGUUGUUGGUUGUUUCCUCGCAAUCGCACAUUGGUGGUGCUGGUGUUGAUCAUCCCUCCGCUCAUUGGUACAGUUCUCCUCCUGAAGCUGUCGACUGAUUCGGGCUGGGGUAUGAUUAUUGCUUCCUGGCUUGCGUCGUGCAUUACUGCCGUCAUGUCACCUUUACUGUCCUUGACAGCAUCAAACGUCAAGGGAAAUACGAAGCGUUCUGUCGUCAGUGCCAUGUUCUUCAUUGGAUAUUGUGCUGGCUGCAUUGGUGCACCGCAAUUGUGGACAGACAAACCUCGGUAUUUUAAAGGUGUUGUGACCGGCAUUGUCACUUGGUGCCUCUUGUUCAUUGUCGUUGCAGCGUAUCGUUUCGUGUGCAUACGCGACAACGCUGCUCGCGACAAAUGCGCAGCCGCACACCAACAUGUGGAUGGUGUCGCUACACAUACGCAAGUUGUGUUAGAUAAGUACGGUGCGCCACGCACAGACCUGACUGACAAGGAAGACGCGAGAUUUCGAUAUAGUUGGUAG